AUGGCUGGGCAAGGCACGCCACAUCUCGUCGUCCGGCAGGUUGUCCUUGAUCUCAACCGGCCUCCCGCCGAGGUCGACCAAGUCUUCUACAAUUCAGAAGGCUACGUCGGCCUCAGGUUGAUCCAACCGGCGACCGGCCAGGACAACGGGUCCGGACCUGCUCGCCGUGACUUGGUCUACACAUUUGGCACUGCCGCGGAUGCGAUGACUGCACUGCUCAACCACCCCACGAUCACAAUCGGAGAGACCCAGUACCGCCCUGAACACUACGACGGCGACUUUGCAGAGUCCCGAGCCGAAUCUGACCGGGCUCAACAGACGUCUUCUCUAGACGCAGACAUCUCUCCUCCGCGCAAACGCCUAAAGAAAGAACAGCCUCCCACGGACAAGAAGAUCGCUUGCAGAAUCUGCUUCAGCCAUCUGGACGGCCUCUACUCCACGCCGUGCCGGCGAUGCAAGGGACCCGAAUGCUAUGAGUGCGUUGCAGCACGCUUCAGAACUGCCGUGAAGGACAUCAACCGAAUGCCUGUCACAUGCUGCGGAUUGGUCAUGUACCACGAAGUUGCGAGAGGGAUUCUGACGCCAACAGAGCUCGAGGAGUACAAGCAAAAGUACGAUGAACGCAUGAACACGGUGGAUCCCCUCUACUGCCCUGUUCCUACUUGCUCAACUUUUCUACCUCCUCGAAUGUUCAACCAAAACGACAACAGGGUCUCAUGUCACGUCUGCGACACCGUUGUCUGUACGAAAUGCAAGCUGUACGCAGGAAACGGACAUACCUGCGACACGGAAGAUCCGAGAAAAUUCAUUUUGGAGACUUUUCACUACAAGCUCUGCCCUCGAUGUGGCACCGGUGUCAUGAAAAUGUAUGGAUGCCCUCAUGUGAGAUGUCAGUGUGGUGCCCACUGGUGCUGGGACUGCCAGCGACCCAUGAAUGCUUGCUAUCAGAAGCCUUGCCGUGCUGCAAGAAACGAAGGCAAUUAUUCCGACGGAGAAGUCGAGGUGAUUGAGUCAGAUGAGGAGAAUCCUGCAACUGCACCUGCGCCUGCGCCUGCGCCUGUGACGGCAGCGCCUGUGGCGACGGGACCGGCAGUAAACAUACAGCCGACUCAUUCAGAAGUUGAACGUGAAGUCGCAAAUGCUCUCAACACUCUACGAAACGGUCAAGGACCAAGGUCCAGUGGCACAGCAGGCAGAAUCAGCCGUGAUAUCAGUCCGGGACCUUCCACAGCGCCCUCCAUACAUGCGCCGGGAAUGAAUGAGCUGAGACGAACGCUGACAAGAGGCGACACAAAUAUACUACCGACUGACUCGGGAGCUCUUAUCACCAGCCAUCCUGAGCCACUGGCCGUUUUGCGCCCAGAGCCAUCCAACGACCAACGCAACGAUGGUGCAGUUCAGGAAGCUGCCGCAACGCCACAACUCGACAUCCCUGCUCCCUCCCAGCCAGCUACUACUGGUGGUAGUGCUGGAGAUGUGCCUGACACAAACGGCCCGACCGCAGCCGUUACUGAGCAAAUUCAACGCGUCGAGAAUCUAGACGACCCUGACGAAUUUGACUGGGAGGGCAGGGACCUAGAUUUUGGAAACGAGCCCGCCGACGAGUCGACAGAUACAUGGGGAUGCCGGCACCAUUUCUACCCGUUUGGAAAAGACCAGAUUCCCCAACUUUGGCUGGUUGGCGUACGUCCUGCAACCGACCCUACCUUGGAAAUCGAAUGUAUGGGUUGCUUUAAGAAGACGAAGGUUUGGGAUGACGAUGCCGUGUUGGAGGCUUUCCGCUUGAAGUACUGCAGUAGCACCGGCAAAGUACAACUCGGAACGGAGGCAUUGGAGCAGGAGUUCGAAAAGUGGAAGGCUCAAGCCACGGACGAGGAUGGCGACAAUGCACAGAAAUUAAGAGAGGGCAGCAUCCUGAAGUCGCUUCGCGCUGUGGAAUGUCGCCAUGGCUGUGGAGUGGUGUAUUGUCAGACGUGCAAGAAAGCAGCGAGGAGAAGAAUUCAGAAGGAACGCCUGGCUGACACGUGA